AUGGCCUUGUGGGCCUCUAAGCCUCAUGAAGAGGCAAAGCAUGGUGCUCAAGAUCCCAAGAGUGUGGCCAGAAGAAGGAAUCUUAGGGAAGUCGUGACAGUACCAAUGGAGGAGUGCUUAACACUUUUUGACUUUGAUGAUGAAGAAGAUGAUACAAAUGUUUUGGAGGAGGCUCUUCUGAAGAAUCCAGCAUGUGACAAGGAUGAGAAUACGUCACCUCCUAUAGAAUCAGACGAAGAUAUGGGGGAUGAAAUACACAGUAUGUUGCAUAAAUUUGGAGGUGACAUUAACAAGAUUCUUCAUGUAAAGAGAAAACACAUGGAAACUUAUAUCAAAGAUUCUUUCAAAAGCAGUAACCAAAAAUUAGAACAAGUUUGGAAAAUGAACAAACGGGAAAGGAAGAAGAUCAACAGCAAAUUUUGUGAGCAGUAUAUAACUACAUUUCAGAAGUUCGAUAUGGAUGUACAGAAAUUCAAUGAAGAACAAGAAAAAUCAGCUAAUGAUUAUCAAAAAGAACAAAAAGCAUUUAAACUGUCAAAAAGUAGCCAGAACCAGUCCCUGCAAGCAGUUAGAGAAGUGCAUGAGAAAUUCAUGAAGGGUUUGAUGGACUUGGAGACCAAGAACCAUGAUAUGCUUCUUGGUAUAGACGGCGAACUGAGAAAAGAAAUGUCUAUGUUUAAAAGAAACCUCAUGAAGCAGACUCUGAAGUUCUCUUCUGCUUUUGAAACUUCUGACUAAUGAAAGCUUGUAUAUUUUCACUCACUGCUUCAUUUGUUAACUAAAAUUUUUGUUAACUUUGUCUCCUUCCCUGGAACAUCAGCAGGGAGUGAUUGCAAAUGUUUGAAAGACUCUUUAAUCCUUGUUACUCUGAUGAUUCUGAAAAGGAAGCUGAACCGGAGUGAUGGGAUGUAAUUACAGGGGUUAGCUGGGAGGUAAACCUUUAGAAUCAAAAUAGAAAGGUCCUUUUGAACAUCUUCAGUCAUUUUCUUGUUUAAGUGUAAGAGCCUCUUUAUAUUAACUUCCAAAUAAAGUCUAAAUGACUACUA